AUAUAGAGGUAUCCCAGGAGGCACCUCUCUCUCUCUGCUUGAGAAAUUGUGACUGAUGGCUGAUUAGGAUCAGUGCAUAGUGUGGGUAGAUGCAUUGACUUAGUUUUUUUUCAUCUUCCACAUUUCUGUCCAGCUUCUCUUGUGAUUUUUGCUGAAUCAGCAAAUUUUUGGAGUUAAUUUAUUUCAGGAAAGGAAAAGUGCAUUUCAACACAUUAAUAUCUUUUAAAGUACUUUUAUUUCUUUUCUGGAUAUAAUUACAUUGGUUGUAUACUUAUUCGCUGGAAGGGAUUUUGUGCUUGUUAGUAUAAGCACCAAAGUUCACCGCUCUGUACCUGUGGCAAGGACAGAGGUUUGUGAAGAAGAGCCAACUUCUGCUAGACUUCGAUGGCAUCGCGCCUAUAUCCCUCGCUAUUAUAGUUCUACACCAAUUAGUUACAGAGUUGAAAUGCAGGAAGCAGGGGAAAUUAACACAGAAUGGAAGUCAGUUGCCACGGAUAUAAGGACAUCAGACUACACGGUGAAGAAUAUUAGUCCCCGCAAGGACUAUAGGUUCAGGAUCCGAGCCCAGACUGAAAAUGGCGAUGUUAGUGACCCCACACCACCUAUACAGUUUUAUAGAACAAGGGUACCUCUUCUCAAGGACAGUGAGAAUGCCCUGGCAGAAUUCAAGCCAGUGGAAUACAAGGCCAUUUUCCUCAAACACCCAUACUACGAACAGCUUACAAAAUAUGUACCACCAACAAUGCCUAUCCACAAACCAGACAUGAUCAUUAUAGACCAAGAGACCAUCGAGCUGAGUUGGAGACCCGCCAUAGUUGCCGAGGCCAUAAGAGGACAGUGUAAUCUGACCUACACAAUUGAGGUACGAUGCCCGCCAAGCUUUGAGUGGAGACAGUUGGUAACGGGAUUGAGGGUUUGCAGCCAUACGGUACAGAAGCUUCAUCCCCGUAUAGAUUACAUCUUCAGGGUUCGAGCCUGGAACGAGUAUGGUUGCUCAGAUGCCGGCCUACCAGUCUCUCUCUACAGACCAGCAGUGUAUAAAAUAGAGGGUGAAGACUUUGACGAUGAGGAGUUUGAAAAGGAGUGGGAGAGAAAAUAUGGAACAAAAGAUAUUGAGAAACUCCUACAAGAAGUGCCGCCAAAGUUUACCAAAAAUUGA